AUGUGCACACCAGAGAAUAACUUCAAGGAGACAGAAAACACCAAAGACACACCAGGAGACACCAAAACGAAUCACCCAGUGAAGCAGCCACGCGUCACAGUGUGUCUGUUGACUACAGCCUUCUUCACUGCCUUUGGGUCAUCGUUUCUCUAUGGAUAUAACCUGUCAGUGGUCAAUGCUGCCAGCCCGUUUGUCAGGCACUUUAUGAACAGGACAUGGAUUGAGAGGUAUGGGACGCCCAUUGAAAGUGACACACUCACUUUACUGUGGUCCAUAACUGUCUCUAUAAUGGCUAUCGGGGGACUCUGUGGAGCAAUUGCUAACAAGCAUCUUCUCAAAGUCCUUGGAAGGAGAGGCACGUUGCUCGCCAGUAACUGCUUCUCACUAGUUGCUGCUGUGUUGCAGGCCACGGGAGAGAAGGCUGACUCUUUUGAGAUGAUCAUCAUAGGUCGUUUUAUAAUAGGGAUAAAUACCGGUAUUUCCCUCUCCACCGUACCCAUAUACCUGGGAGAAAUAGCUCCAAGACAUAUCCGAGGCUCUAUAUGUCAUUUCCAUUCCAACAUAAUUACGAUGGGUGUGGUCAUUGGACAGAUACUGGGCCUUCCGGAGGUACUCGGCCAGGAGUCCAGGUGGAACUUCUUGUUUGCUUUUAUUGCACUCCCUCCACUGUCACAGCUGACUGUGCUGUCCUAUAUGCCUGAGAGCCCUCGCUACCUGCUGAUUGACAAGAAGGACGUGGCUGGUGCAGAAAUCGCCUUCAAGAGGUUCCUGGGAAAGGACAAUGUGACCACAGAGCUUGAGGAGGCCCAAGCUGAAAGCCAAGCCCAGAACAAUGUGCAGACCAUCUCUGUCCUGGGAAUACUGAGAAGCAAAGCUGUCCGCUGGCAAAUCAUCACUGUCAUCAUCAGUGUGCCUUGCAACCAGUUUUCUGGUGGCAGUGCUCUUCUAUACUAUUGCAGCAGGAUCCUCUCUGAAGCUGGCCUCAGCAAGAGCCUGAUCUCCUACAUGACAAUAGGUGUCGGUGGAGCGGGGCUUAUUUCUUGCAUUAUUUCAGCGCUGGUGAUUGAGCAUGUUGGAAGAAAGCCACUUCUUAUUGUAGGUUUCUCCGGAAUGGCUGUCUUCUAUAGUCUUACAACAGUCUUCAUCAAUAUUCAGGACAGAGUGUCAUGGAUGCCAUACCUCAGUUUUGCCUGCAUAAUGGUUGUGUUUUCCUGCUUUGUUUUUGGUCCAGCUGCAACCUUACCCAUUGUGGUCACCGAACUGUUUGAACAAUCGUACCGACCAGCGGCCUUCUUGAUUUUUGGAACUGCGUUUUGGCUGUGCAACUUCAUAAUGGGUCUGGUGUUCCCUUUCAUGCAGGAGGCGCUGGACACCUAUACCUUCCUGGUGUUUGUGGUGGUGUGUGCGACAGUGUCUGUGUACCUCUUCAUCGUCCUCCCUGAGACCAAAAACAGAACAUUUAUGGAGAUCAGUCAAAGUUUUGCCAAGAGAAACAAAGUGUCCAACGUGCCAACAGCCCAACAGGAGUUGCCAAUUCCUCAAGAGACUCAGACAGAGACAGUGUAG